AAAGGAAUUACCUCUGAGUUAACAGUUUAACAUCGCCCCUUUGUCAGUGAUUGUCAUAUAAAGCAUGAAUUAAAAACAUGAAUCCAGCAUUUGAUAACCUCAGAGAACAAAGAACAGAUCAAUAAAAACAGGUUGUAGAUUCUAUACAGAAUGGAUGAGACGGAUGACCACAUAGCAAUUGUGGGACUAGGUUGUAAUUUUCCUGGGGGCGAAGGAAUAGAUAACUUUUGGAAAGUUAUUUUGGAGGGGAAAAAUUGUACUGUGGAGAUACCUGCUGAAAGGUUUAAUACAAAACUCUGGUUUGAUAAAGAUUAUAACAAACCAGGCAAGAUAAUUACAAGCCGAGCAGCUCUUAUAGAUGGAUUUAAUGAAUUUGAUAAUGAACUGUUUGGAAUACAUGCAUCAGAAAGUAUAUCCAUGGAUCCACAGCAGAAACUGCUUCUAGAGUGCACAUACAGGACAUUUGAAAAUGCAGGCAUUCCAACAGAGAAUAUCAGUGGAAGCAAAACAGGAGUGUUUAUUGGUAUCAUGAAUCGAGAUGCAGACUCAAUUUUUAAUAAUUAUGCAGAGAGUAUAAAUCAUUUCAAUGGCACUGGAACAGCAGCAAGCAUAGCAGCAAACAGAAUAUCAUAUUGCUUCAAUCUAACUGGACCAUCUCUUGUGAUUGACACAGCUUGCUCAUCCUCCCUUGUCGCAUUACAUUAUGCCUGUCAAGCCAUUAAACAAGGAGACUGUGAGAUGGCUGUAUGUGGUGGAGUGAGCUGUAUCAUGGAGCCUCGUGUCUUUGUUGCUCUCAGUAAGGCUAAAAUGAUUUCUCCUGAAGGAAUUAGCAAACCAUUUUCCCAGAAUGCAGAUGGCUAUGGAAGAGGAGAAGGAUGUGGUGUUGUUUUACUAAUGCCUCUAAAAAAGGCAAAAGAAGAUUUUUGUAAGGUGUGGGGCGUUAUAUGUGCCAGUGCUGUAAAUCAAGAUGGGAGAUCAGUGAGUCCUAUCACCAAACCCUCACAAAACCAACAGGAAGUCCUACUGCAAAGCAUCUACAGCACCAUUGACCCAUGUGCUGUGCAGUAUGUAGAAGCACAUGGUACUGGAACAACAGUAGGAGAUCCAGUUGAAGCCGCCAGCAUUGGAAACAUGAUUGGGAAAAAACGCUCCAGUAAAUUAAUGCCUCUAAAGAUUGGGUCCGUUAAGGGGAAUAUCGGACACACAGAAUCAGCAGCUGGAAUUGCUGGUUUAAUUAAAAUUCUGCUUAUGAUGCACCAUGGAGUUAUUCCUUCAUCCUUGCAUUGUACUAAGGAAUUAUGUAUCAGUAAAUUGGAUAAAUAUAAUCUCUCAGUUCCUGUACAUCCUGAAAAUUGGGAGGACUCAGGAAAAUAUGGCAGGAUGGCAGGCUUAAAUAGCUUUGGUUUUGGUGGAACAAAUGCUCAUCUUGUCAUUAAGCAGCACAAAAACAAUUAUUGGCAAGGUGUUUCAAACCGACAGGUUGAUUUAUUUAUCCUAUCUGCCUUUUCCUGUGAGUCACUUAAACUACUGAUUGAGGACACAAAACAAAAGUUAAACAAAAUGAUAUCUCUAUCACUUCAAAAUCUGGUGUACACAUCUGCUUGCAGAAGAAGUCAUAAUAACUAUAAAUACAGAAAAGCAUUUUUAGCCACUUCGCUUACACAUUUACAGCAACAACUCGAAUCAGCCAACACUGAUACAGCACCAAUUAAAGAAAGACCUCCGAUAAUCUUUGUGUUUUGUGGCAAUGGUGUUAAUUACAAGGGAAUGUGCAAGAUGUUACUGAGAUAUGAACCAGUUUUUAGAAAUAAAUGUAUUGAGAUAGAUGAAAUGCUACAGGUUUAUACACCUCUUUCCAUUUUAGAUUUACUAGAGAGUGAAUAUGAUGAUUUCUCAAGACCAGACAUUGCACAAACAAUGCUCUUUACCAUUCAGGUCUCAUUAGUGGCUCUGCUGAGACACUGGGGAGUGAAGCCAGACACUAUCAUAGGACAUUCAGUUGGGGAGGUUGCUGCAGCACACUGUGCAGGACUGCUUUCACUCCAGGAUGCUGUUAAGGUCAUUUAUUACAGAAGCAUGCUGCAAGCCAAAGUAACUGGAGGAAAAAUGCUUGUAGUCAGCAAUAUACCCGUGACUGACAUAGCAAGAGUUAUUCAGCCUUAUUCUGGAAAAAUCUGUAUUGCUGCUUACAACAGUCCUACGUCAUGCACACUUUCUGGUGAUGCAAAAUCAAUUGACCAAAUAAACAAUCAGCUAACCCAAACAAAUAGCAAUAGUAAAAUACUACUGCACAUGUUAGAUGUCCCUGCCGCGUAUCACAGCCACUUGAUGGAUCCAAUAUUAGAAGAGAUUAAAAAAAACUUGCAAAAUUUAGCAGUAGAAAAGAUGGAAACAGAUCUCAUAUCAACAGUAACUGGAAAAAUAGCUUCUCAAGGGGAUUUUACAACUGGUGAAUAUUGGUCCAAAAAUAUACGUGAAGCAGUUGCUUUUGAACAAGCUUUAAACACUUCUAAAUCUAAAGAAAAUGCCUAUUUUAUUGAAAUAGGACCCAGAAGAACAUUACAGAGAUAUAUUAGUGAAGUUCUCGGACAACAUAAUAAAGUUUUGCCUGUUAUACAUCCAAGUACAGAAUAUGAGACAAUAUUUACCCUUCUUAGCACUCUUUUCACAGGAGGAUACAAUACCGACUGGAAUAAUAUCUAUGAAGCCUACAAAUCUGUCCCAGCUGAUAUUCCCCAAUAUCAGUUUGACCAUAGAAAGCAAGAAUUCAACUAUGAGAAAGUUCGCCAAGGAAACCAAAAUGUAACAAUCACAGCACACUCCCUGCUCCAAGGUUUAAAUGAAAAUAUGACUGAAUUCACAUGCUCCGUUUCUAAAGCAACAACUCCCUAUAUAUAUGACCACAAAAAUAAUGGAUCUGUAAUAGUUCCAGGUGCAUUUUAUGUAGAGCUUGGUUUGGCAGCUACAAUUAUCAAUGUGAAACUAAAAGUGCCUUUAAAUUCCCUUGAAAUCAGCAUUGAAUUUUCCAGUCCAUGUGUUGUAAAUCAACAAUCAAUUGAUCUGAAAAUCAAGCUAGAACAACAAAAUGAUGUCACAAAUUUUGAAAUCUUGGCCUCCAAUGUUUUUGCUACAGGUCAGGUUAGAAAAAAGAAGGUACAUUUGCAUGAAGUAAAAAAGAUAUCUCUUCAGCCCAUCUUGAAAAGAUGUAAGUUGGUUUACACAAGAGAUGAGAUUUAUGAUGCAUUGUCAAGGUUUGGAUUUCAGUAUGGGAGUGUUUACAAACAGCUGUCUGAUAUUUAUUAUGGAAGAGAUUUAAAGGAAGGAAUUACUGAAAUGAACCUGAGUGAAGAGCUUAAGGAAGAAAUGCAUGAAUACUCCAUGCAUCCAGUUAUAUUAGACUGCUUUCUUCAGAUGAUUGCUUGCCUUGCUGAAGAAAGUAAAGGAUCUUCAGUUAUCUUUCCUUCUGCCAUUGGCAGUCUAACAAUAAUCAGACCACUUCAAGAAAAAAUGUUUAUUUAUGCAAAACAUGUAAAAAAAACUAGGAAUUAUUUGGAACUCUGUGGUUGUUUUACAGAUGUAAAUGGUUUCAUAUUAGCAGAAAUAAUAAAUGCUAGGGUGACAUUUGUAAGGGGACAAGAUCAACUAAAGCCAAAUUUAUUUUUUGAAACCAGCUGGAAAAGAGUUUUAGAACCAGACAGUAUAAAUAAACCAGACAGGGAACCUAAAAUCUUAGUUUUUGCUGACCUAUCUGGUAUAGGCCAACAAUUAAAACAAUACAUUAAUAGCUCGGAUUAUAUUAUUCAUAACAACUGGGAUUCUGCUGAUACAAAACUAAAGACAAGUCAUAUGUUAAAUAAUGGAUACAGUGAUGUUUUGUUUAUGUGGGGAAUUCAGGAAGGAUUCACAUACCCUCUUACACAAUAUCUAGCAAAGUGUUGUGAGGUUUAUCAGCAAGUGAUCCUAGCUGUGAGAGAGAAAAAAUCCAAAGCGUCUAUAAGAACAGUCACCUUUCGAACAACUGAGAACACUGUGGACAAUAUUAACCCUGGGUUUGUUUUUGUAGGCAUGACUAGAGUGUGUGUAACUGAAAUGACAGAUAUGUCAUUCCAACUGAUUGACAUUAGCUCCUCAAACCCUAAAACCGUGGAAUCACUGGCAAAAGUAAUUCAGCAUUAUAAAUCAAGUGAAUUUCCAGAAAUAAGGAUACAUGAAGACAACAUUUUAGCAAGUGAAAUUGCAUACACUACAUAUGACGUUGAAGAGCAGAGAAAAUAUGCAGUGCCUUUAAAAAAGACUGACAUUUUCACCUUGUAUAGUAAAGAUCCAUACAAGUUAGAAGACCUUUCUGCUGAGUUAACUGAUUCCAAAAUUCUGGAGCUCACAAACAAACAUGUUGUGGUAGAAAUUGAUCAGAUAUCCAUCCAUACUGAAGACUACUUUCCUGUUAGUCUUUCCAGUUACCAGUAUGGAAGAACUUUGUACUGGAACACUUUGAUUAAAGAUGCACACAAGCUCCUAGCUCUGGACUUCACUGGUACUGUAACAUCAGUUGGUAAGAAUGUCAGAAAACUUAAAGUAGGUGAUCAUAUUGCUUCAUGUUAUCCAACGGUUGCAUUAUCUAAUGUGACUCUUCCGGAAAGUGUUUGCUAUCCUAUUAAGAGUGUUCCAACCUUAAAAAAUCUGCCCUGUAUUUCAUAUUUCAUUUUAGCAUGGGAAAUUUUAGGUCAGCUGCCAAAGGCAAAAAAUAAUUCCAAAAUGGUGAUCUUAACUUCUGAAGCUAAUUCAAUUUUAUGCAAAGUUAUAGAAAAGACAGCUAAGGAAAGAGGAUGGGAGUUAACACAAUCUACAAAUAAUUUCACAAAUAUGAAGCAGUGCAGUGCAGUUAUUAUUCUCCCUCCAUCAGAUGUCAUUUCAGAAGAAGAUUUGUCCCACUUGCCAUUGCUUAAAGAUUUGGUAAUAAUAAGUGACAGAAUAAAUCUAUAUGGUCUUCAGAAUUUUACAGAUAUUUGCAGAGAGGAUGUUCACAUUCACAUUCUCAACCCUAAUAGCAUUUUCCAAAAACCAUACAUCAAAGAGAGGUCAAAAUAUAUCUAUAAAUGGUUAAAAUUAAUGCCUGCAGAGAUGUUUCAAAGCAUACCUAGCUCUGUAUUCUCUGUAAGUGCAAAACAUAUGCCUGUUUCCACUGACAACAGUUAUUUUAUGGAGAAAUGCUUACCUCUUGUUGUGCUGGACAAAAGGAACAUUUCAAAUAUUCCAUUGUACAAAACUCAACAAACACUUUUCAAACAAGAUGCUGUUUACAUUGUAUCAGGUGGUCUGAGUGGUCUAGGCUUUGAAACAGUAAAGUUUAUUGCACAUCAUGGUGGUGGAAACAUUGUCACUCUCUCCAGAACAAAACCAACCCCUGAAAUGGAACAACAAAUAAAAAUAAUUCUAGAUGAACAAAAGAACAGGAGAAUAAUCCCCCUGCAGUGUAAUGUAGCUGACUGUAAAGCUGUUAAAAAAACCAUGGGUUACAUUGUAAAACAAUUUUCAAAUAUUCCGGUCAAAGGGGUUUUCCACAGUGCUGUAGUCCUACACGAUGGCAUCCUUCCUCAUCUUAAUCAAUCACUCUUUGAGAAAGUACUAAGCCCAAAAGUGGAAGGAGCUUUCAAUCUCCACCAGGCUACAGAAAAAAUGGAUCUUGAUUAUUUUGUAUGCUACUCAUCUAUUUCCUCAUUUGUGGGAAACCCAAGUCAAGCAAAUUAUGCUGCUGCCAACUCAUUUCUGGACAUAUUCUGUCAAUACAGAAGAAACCAAGGUCUUUCAGGGCAGUCUAUCAGUUGGGGGGCUCUUAAUUUAGGAUUGUUGUUUACCAAACACAAUGUUCAAGAGUUGUUGCAAGCAAGAGGAAUCCUUGUGCUAGAAACACAGGAGGUGCAUGAAUAUUUGGAGAAAAGCUUAAUGAUAAAUAAUCCCCAUCAAGUAAUAGCCAAAUUUGAUUUUAAAGCAAUCAAUGGUACUAAGAUUUUGACACUAAAAAAGAGGUUCUACAAUUUGGUAACUAAAGAAAUGACAGGACUGAAUGAAACAGUGAUACCAUCAAAUUUUAAGAAUAACAUUAAGCCAGAAGAUUAUAUUAUAUCAUUAGUAAGUGAACUCACAAGUGUCAGCUUAAAUGAUAUCAAGAUGGACACUUUGCUAACAUCACUGGGAAUUGAUUCCAUGAUUGGCAUGACAAUUCAAAACCGUAUCUUUCGGGAGAAAGAAAUAAAUAUACCGCCCGUUAAACUGCUUGAUCCCAGCACAACUGUGUUAAUGUUAGUAUUGAUGAUCAAAGAAAAUGACAGUGACACAAAAGAAAAUGAGACUACAGAAAUUUUGGAACUUACAAAGUUAUAAGAAAAAUCAUUUUAAAGAACACUAUAAACUGUAUGCAAACAAAGCAAAUUUCAAUUUGUGAUAGUAGAAAAAAUUCUGAAGGUUUAUUAUCCAUUUCAGUGUAUAAAAAUUCUGAUAUCAUGCUGUGUACUAAUAGUAUAUCUAUUUGUAAAUAAUGUAUAAAAAUGUAAAAUACUAAAAGUGUAGUUUAAAUUGUUUUAAACAUAAAGGGCCAGAUUACGAGUUACACGUUAGCAAUAUUUGGUUUAUCACAGUUGUUUGUGAGCAUCAGAAUUAGAAUGCGCAUUG